ACCAGAAUCCUGCAGGGUCACUGGUCCACUCGGCUGAGCUCACAAAUAGAUCCUCUGGCUCUGAACCGGACCGCGUUCAUUCAGCCUGCUGCCCACAGCAGAACCAGCAGCCAGCAUGUCGGACCAGUCGGCGUUCGACACGGAUGUUUGGACCCUGACCCGGUUCAUCAUGGAGACGGGUCGGCAGGCUAAAGGAGCCACGGGUGAGCUGACCCAGCUCAUCAACGCCAUGCUGACCGCCAUCAAGGCCAUCUCUUCUGCUGUGAGGAAGGCGGGUCUGGCCCACCUGCAGGGCAUGGCGGGCUCCGUGAACGUGACGGGCGACGACGUGAAGAAGCUGGACGUGCUGUCCAACACGCUGGUGAUCAACAUGCUGCAGGCGUCCUACAGCACCUGCUGCAUGGUGUCAGAGGAGAACAAGGAGCUCAUCGUCACGCCCAAAGACAAGAGGGGAAAGUACGUGGUCUGUUUCGAUCCUCUGGACGGAUCCAGUAACAUCGACUGUUUGGCUUCCAUAGGAACCAUAUUCGCCAUCUACAAACGGGCGUCAGAGGGCGAGCCCACAGAGAAGGACGCCCUGCAGCCGGGCCACGCCAUUGUGUGUUCCGGCUACGCCCUCUACGGCAGCGCCACCCUGGUGGCUCUCAGCACCGGAGCCGGACUCAACUUCUUCAUGCUGGAUCCUGCCAUCGGUGAGUUCAUCCUGACUGAGAGGAACGUCAGGAUUAAACAGAAAGGAAAGAUCUACAGUCUGAACGAAGGCUACGCCAAAUACUUCCACCCCUCCAUCAACGAGUACCUCAAACACAAGAAGUACCCCGAGGAUGGCAGCUCUCCCUAUGGGGCUCGAUACGUCGGCUCCAUGGUCUCUGAUGUUCACCGCACCAUCGCCUACGGAGGAAUCUUCAUGUAUCCUGCAAACGAAAAGAGCCCCAAAGGAAAGCUGCGGCUGCUGUACGAGUGUAACCCCAUCGCCUUCCUCAUCGAGCAGGCGGGCGGCCUCGCCACCACCGGGACCCAGAGGGUUCUGGACGUUCAGCCCGAAGCCCUCCACCAGAGGGUGCCCUUUGUGGUCGGCUCGCCUGAUGAUGUCAACGAGUACCUGUCCUUUGUGAAGAAGUUCUCCUAAACCUGCAGGAGGAACAUUAAGGACCUGAGUUCUUUCAUCUACAUGACAUCAAGACAUCUGCUAAAUUGCGAGAUAAUAAAAGUAAUCCGAGCAAAAAAACAUUACAGCAAACCAGUGGUUCCCAAACGUUUUUCCUCGAGGACAGCCAACCCAAACUCCCACACGCAUGCGCACGUUAAAUGUGACCAGACUUUAUUCACAGUUCUAACUUUUAUAUGGAGUUUUGACUGUAGUGGAGGGUGCAUUACUAUGAUUUUAUAAAAAAUAUUUCCUCACUAAAAUCUUACCACCUACCCUCAAACUCAGUGCAGACGAAAUGGUGAGUCGAAAUGAAUGCAGGGUGAAACCAUCUUCUCAGAACUGAGGGGGACACAUUCAACCUAACCUUUCUUUAUUGGUUAGAGAACCAUUUAACCAUUUGCUGAAUUAUUAGUAAUAUUAAUAGUGGUUCAAAGACAGUUAUUAAUUAUCAUUAUUAUUAAUAUUAAAACCAACAGUUACAGGGCUCCACCUGCUCAUCAGCAUAGCCAGUAUGAACAGCAGCUGACAGCCUGAUCUCUGCCCCUACAAUAAAAGUUGGGCGACAAACAUUUUGAAGUGAAUGAGAAUAAUUCAGAAAGAAAACCCUUUCCUGAUGCCUUCCUGGUUUUUUACAGCGACUGCUUUGUUUUUGAUCACGUUCUAAUCUGUCCUCACCGUCUCUGCUGCUGUCCUCUGUCCCAGGUCUCCUCCCUGACUGCUGUUUAUUUCAUUUUUGGUUCUUUUAAAACACAGAAAAGGUUUUUUUUUUUUUUUUUUUUUUUUUUACCUUGCUGACAGUUUCGUUUGCGACUGCAAACUUCCUCGGAGCUGACGCUGAUGGUGGCGUCACUUCCUACUCCCUUUAUCCGUGGGCAGCAGAGGACGAUGUGGCCAUCUGCUGCCAGCUCUCCCCUCUCCAAUGAUGCAGUCCCAUGCGCAAUCCAAUGAGUAAACCCCAUCGUCUCUGUUCAUGGUCUCACAUCCACGUCUCCUUAUCUCUAUAGCUUCUUUUAUCCAAAUGAAACUGUCAGCAAGGUAAAAAAAAAACCUUUUCUGUGUUUAAAAAAAGAACCAAAAAUGGAAUUACGAGUCAAACACAGCAAGAACGUAGAAAAGAUGAUCUGUUUAUUGUCAUACCAAAACUGUUAGUGUGCAAAAUGAUAGUAAAAAUAAAAUAAAAUGACAUUUGGGAUGAGUAGCAGAUAAAUCACUGUGGAAAUUAA